AUGUCAGAUAAGCAAGAUACUGUAGCAAGUUGGUCAGUACCUGUACAAGACCGAAUAUAUAAGAUUGAAUUCGAGCAUGGUACUGCCAGUGGCAAGAGAGUUAUACGAGUUGAUGGCAAAGAAAUUUUGAGGAAAAACUGGAUGUUCAGCCUUGUGGGUAAAGAGAUAUUUAAUAUUGGUAAAUUUAAAUGUGCCAUUAAUGUGGAAGCUUUGGGAACAUUUUUAUAUGAAUACACAUUGGAAGUGAAUGGUAAAUCCUACGAUAAAUUUCGAGAAGACGUGGCAAAAAAGUUUAAAAGUUGGACAACAGUUCUGGAUGGACAAGAGACUCGUAUUUGCUUAGAUAAAGGAACAAUGGACAUUUGGGUGAAUGGUCAAAAAAUGAAUACUGCGGGUGAAUUUUUGGAAAAUGGUACAAAGACACAUUUUGAAAUUGGUCAUAGUGUUUGUUACGUGAAAGCAACAAGUAGUGGUAAUAAGAAAUUUGGAUUUAUCUAUCAGCUUUACGUUAACAAUAACGAAAUAAUCUCCAGUGAUGGAUCUUAUUGA